AAGGAAAGUUGUAAAGAACAGGACAACGCAAAGCAGCUCUUGUUUUUGUUGCCGUCUUUUGUCUUGCCAUGGCAACUACACGUGUCCCAAAUCUCUGUCAGCUGCCGUAAAAAGGUAUAAAGGUACGUGUCACAUGGACACACUAAUCCUUUCUUGAUCCUGUCAACCCAGUGAACAGGCUGAGCACUAGUCCACUUUGAAGCAAUUCUUUGUGCACCUUUGCAGUCAGGUAACAUAGGUCUCGUUUCAAUAUGGGGGAGCUGAGGUCAUCUUCACCUUUACCUCACUUGGAUCUGAACAACUUUGAAACUGCUGACGCAGAAAAGAGCAGGUACGUUUUAACUAGUCCCCGUUCCUUAGAGUCCUGUGCACGACUUGGCAUCAAACCUGUUGACCUUCUGAUGAGAUCGCCGAAUGAUUUAUCGUCUGUUCAGUGUGACAUGCCUUCAGAGGCAGUGAAAAUUAUGCACGAAUCCUACGAAAAGGACAGACGGAAGCUUUUGCAAAUGUGCCGAGAUGAGAGGGAAAGGAUUAUCCAGCAGGUUGACAGGUGGCCAAUCAUUACAAAAGUCUCAAGCCUGGAAACGAGACAUGACACCAAGCUGAAAAGUGACAUCGGUCAUGAGAGAACUGAUCCUAUUCCAUAUGCACAUUUGUGUAUUCGGGAUAGAUGUGCGAGUAAAACAUUGUGCUCUGCUGGGAGGGAGCCAGACAGGAACACAAUCUGCAGCCUCGGUGACCUCAGACACUCUCCAGCUAUCCAGAAGAAGCUGCAGAGGCUAACUGAAGACAUAAGGAGGGAGAUGCGUGUCCCGAUAUCUCAGACGGACCGCAAGAUUGCAGCUCUCAUGCUGGUGAAGCACCAGGAGGAGAUGGACCGCCUCUGUCACAGGCACCGCAGGGACAAGGAGCGAGAGGAGGCAUGUAGGCAGGAGGAGGCCCAGCAGGCACAGGCAGACAAAUUGAGGACACAGCAGCUGAUGCAAAGUGUGCAACGCUGGCACGAGGAGCUAGAGGCUCGCAGGAGACUCAGAGCACGUUGGGAAGAAGAGAGAGCUGUGCAACUAAAAAGAGAGAUGAUGUUGCACGAGGAGCGCUGGAAGAGGCAGAAGGAGCAGGUGGAGGCUCAGCGUCGUGGGCAGAUGGCAACUGCGCACAAGGAAGCACAAGGGAGGAAAUGCGACCGAGAGAAAGUGCUGAGAGAAAUGGAAGAGGUGGACAAAAGGCAGAGAGACAAGGAAAGACAGAGGGCUGUGGAGAAGGAGCAGAGAGCAAGGAGGAGCAAACUGCGGCUGGAGGAGAAGGAGAAGAAGCGUCUCCAGGAGGAAAACAGAAAGGAGCUGCUGCGCCACAUCCUCUUAAAACAGCAAGUGGACAAACAGGUGGUGGAGGAGGAGUCACGUUUAAGGAGGGCACUUGAGAGGAAGACGCAGCAUUCUUGUGAAAAACAUGCCCGCGAUGUAGAGGCCCGCCUGCAGGAGCUACAGGAGCAAGCAGCCCGAGAAGAGAAGCGGAUUCUGAGAGCGCAACUCAAAGCCAGGCUGCAGAGCAUCCAGCAGCUCACACACAAGCAGCUCCUGGUCAAGCUGAGUCAGCAGCGCACUCAGAGAGCCGCCGAGCACACGUCAGCCCGGCAAAAGAAGCGAGCCCAGCUGACGCAUCAGCACAACAAACUCAGGCAGCUGCGGCACCUGCGACUGCGAGAGAGUGUGCAGAGAGACGAGGAGGUGUUGAGGAAGGUCAGGGAAAGCAGCGUCGCCAUGAAGGAACGGAGGUGCCAGAUGCUGCUUCGAGAGCGGGAACGCAAACAGCAGGAGGCGCACAAGCAGGCCCUGGCGUCCUUUCACUUGAAGGAAAGAGUGAGGGAGCAGACUCAAAGUCGCUCUUUUGCGCAGAUGGCUCAGGAAGCUCAGCUGGCCGCCUCUAUCAGCCGCAUGAACCUGUGAAACGGCAACAACACUGUCGGAAGGUCUUCCCGCAAGCCUGUGCUUGAACUUCACAGUGCACAUAAGUGAGAUCUUCGGUGUGGGCUGCCAAGUCCUUCUCACUCAUGAAGCUCCAGAGCCAGCAGCACAGGUAGCCCCACCCCAAGAGCAAGAGUGAAGCUCUCCUGGAGGCCCA